GACGCAACAGGUGUGUUUUGGAUGUCACGGUCAGGCCAAGCGGUGUCUGUUUCACACCGGCACCGCCAUGUACAUCUGCAAUGGGCAAAUGUCUGACACGGAAAAAAUAGAGGACGGCAUGUUCGAAUUUCUUAGAUAGCAUUAGUGUAGCGUGGGCUAUACGCUGGCAACUUGCGGCGGUGUGCACAGUGGUAGCGAUACGCGCAAAUUGUAAUUUCCAAUUGCAUCAUUCACGUCACAAAUAUAGUGUCACGAAAUUGAAAUAAUUAAACCGUAUCCACUCAAGAAGUCACUUUAUGGGUAUCGUGAUAAUGCGUCGCCAUAUGGAGGUCAACUGUUGGCUUGAGAUUAAUAUGAAGACAUAAAACGCGCAGAAAGUGAAGUAAUCAUUGAGGGUUUGUAUCACCACAUGGCCAGUGGGAGGAAACUGAAAUGUUCACCGCUUGGCAAAUUGGGUGGAGCUAAAAUAGACAGCGAUAUACAUCUCCAAAGUUCAGCUGAAGAGGGUUUAGUAGCCGUGUCAAACUGAAGUUGGGAACGAUUGGAAAGCCGCGGCUAUCAAACAAGUGUCAUUUCAGUUACAACGAAAUAACCAGUACUGUACUAAGGUCUGUGACAUUGUACGUUCUACACAAAAGUUGUUGCCUACCGCCUAUAGAAAGAAUGAUGAUGCAUUCGUCUCAGAAGGAUACCACCUACACAAAGAUUUUUGUAGGCGGUCUUCCUUAUCACACCACUGACUCCAGUCUCAGGAAAUACUUUGAAGUGUUCGGUGAUAUAGAUGAGGCUGUUGUUAUAACGGACCGACAAACGGGCAAAUCCAGAGGUUAUGGAUUCGUCACGAUGGCGGACCGGGCAUCCGCGGACCGAGCCUGCAAGGACCCUAACCCUAUCAUUGACGGCAGGAAAGCCAAUGUGAACCUGGCCUAUCUGGGGGCCAAGCCCAGGGUCAUGCAGCCAGGUGAGGGGCUGUACGCGCUGGCGGAGGGCUGCGCCACCCGUUUAUUUCACAGCUUGGACGACCAAGGUUUCUCGUUUGGUGUUCCUCAAAUCCACCCGGCGUUCAUCCAAAGGCCCUAUGGGAUCCCAGCUCACUACGUCUACCCCCAAGCCUUCAUGCAGCCCAGCACCAUGGUCAUCCCCCACAGCAUGCAGUCCCCUGCGGCCGCCUCCGCCGCCUCCUCCCCGUACCUCGACUACACCGGAGCGGCCUACGCCCAGUACUCCGCCGCGGCCACUGCCGCUGCGGCCGCCGCGGCCUACGAGCAGUACCCAUACGCGGCCUCCCCGGCCCCGGCAGGCUACAUGGCAGCGGCGGGGUAUGGCUACGCCGUGCAACAGCCCCUAGCCGCGGCGGCUACCCCGGGAGCAGCUGCUGCCGCCGCGGCGUUCGCUCAAUACCAGCCUCAGCAGCUCCAGACUGACCGCAUGCAGUAACGGACCGACCACUGGGUGCUACUGAGCUUUGGUAACGGGAGAGGGGGAGGGUUAA